CCUCCAGGGCUGCGGCGGAGGGCAUGGCGUUCCUGCAGACCUCUCGAGCGGGGCACGGGACACAGCUGCAGUACCAGCGGGCCUACACCGACUUCCUGGACUGGAGUCGGGGGGAGGAGCUGAGGAUCAGCACCGUGGCCGACCUAGAUCGGCCCCUCGCCAGCUACCUGGACCACCUGUUCUUCGACGGCUGGAAUCGGGACCAGGGCGAGAAGACCUUGGCGGCGGUCCUCUUCUUUCACCCGAGCCAGGGCUUGAAGCGGCCAGGGGCCCUGGAGGGCAGCCGAGCCGCGCUCAAGGGCUUCAAGAAGAUGGCUCCCGGCAAGACCCGCAGGCCACUUCCCAAGCAGGGGGUCUUCGCGAUCAUCGGGGCCGGCGUGUUCUGCGGCUUGCUCGACUUCUGCCUCGGCCUCCUCGUCGCCUGGGGCGCGUGCCUCAGGUUGCCCAGCGACCUGAUUGGCAUGGCGGGUGGGUCCUUGGUGGCGCCAGCUCGGCGGAGCCGGAUCAACCGGUGGGCCAUUCUGCUGUUCCCCGAGGAGUUGCCCGACUGGAGCAAGACGGGCCACUUCGACGAGGGGAUGGUGCUCGAGUCGGAGGCCGUGCAAAGCGUGAGCUUCGCCCUGAAGGCCCUGAAGUCGCGGAGCCAGGCGGACAAGCCUCUGUGGCCGUUCUCCGGCCCGAAGUUCCGUCAGGACUUCGCUGCGUGCGCCAGCCUGGCGGGGCUCGAGGACGCGCCCCCGUGCCGGGUCCGCCACGGGGCCGCCUCCCACGACGUGCCGUUCAAGGCGAGGGAGUUCGGAGCGGUCCAGGAGCGGCUCAGGCACCUGAGCGAGUCCAGCACGCGGCGGCACCGCAAGGGGACCCGCUACCUGGCCGAGUGCGAGAAGCUGUCCCCCGAGAUCAAGGCGUUCGGCGAGUGGGUCGAGGCCAACCUCGCCGGUGCUGGACUCUGGAAGGCUGGCGACACCCUCGACUCCGCGACUCGCCUGAGCCGGGACGCCAUCCACCGAGCAUGGUCUCAAGCCUUUUCGGCCGCCUCCGCCGCUGCUCCCCGCAAAGGCCAAGUUUUCCUUGAUUUGUUCUCGGGGACUGGGGGCAUCGCUCGCCGUCUUCGCAAGUGUGGCGGUUGGGGAGUCAUUGAGGUCGAUGCUAAGUUUAACCCCGCUUUUAACCUCAACAACCCCGUGGUCGUGGAUCUGAUCGCGGGGUGGAUCAGCAGCAAGCUGGUCCGGGGGAUCUGGCUGGCCUUCCCCUGCUCCACGUGGAGCGUCGCCUCCC